GGAAUAGAGAGAGGACCGGGCUUGCGGUAAAAAGUCGGCUCCUAAGACUGCGCGUGCGCCCCAGGCAAGGCUGACAAAGACGCCCCCAUUGACUCUCAUUGUUUGCGUAAUAAGCAAGCGUCAGCGGGCAGGGCACGGGGCGCAGGUGCAGCGGGGCGGCACCCGACGGAUUCGCGAAGGCGACAGGUGACUUGUCCUUAUGUGAAUGGGAGCCAGAAAACCUUGAGAACUUGGAACCAAGCAGUGGUUUCUUCCUCGACGUGGACAUGGCGCAAGAGAAAAUGGAACUAGACUCGGAGCUGCUGCCGAGUUCAACUACCACAGAUGACAUGCUGAGAAGAUCCAGCAGCGCCCCUUUGAUCAAUGGGCUUGGUGAUAACUCACAGGUGUUCCAAGCUGACACGUUAACAACUCCAAGAAAUAACACAACGUUUAUGGCACAACAUUGUCUGUUUUUGCCACCCUCUCCUAUCCCCAUCCGUGCUUCCUAUGGUCGCCUUCAUCAAAUCAAACAGGAAGAAGGCAUGAAUUUAGUAACUAGAGAAGCAAUGCAUGAAUGGGAGGUACAAACCGCAAUACGGAUAAGUCGGUCUUGGGAAGAAAGUUUGAACCUGAGUGACAAUGAUUUAGAGAAACCGUCUUCAAAGCGCAUCGAUUUAAUUCCAGUGUCCCCAGCAGCUCCUCCCACCAGGGGGAUUGGGAAGCAAUGUUUUCCUCCAUCGUUACAAACUUGUGUGAGUUGCACCACUAUGCCUCCAAGCCCUUUUCCCAGUCCUACGCGACAAUUUACAAUAAGUCAAAACCCCACCAACAUUAUUAGACCAAGUAUCUGUGGACCAUUAAAAAGAAAAGGUGAAAUGACAUUUGAAGAUCAGCCAAAGAAACUUUUCCAAGGCACAACCAACAUGCUUUCUUCUGAUACUACUCAACAGUCUGAUAUGAAUGUGUGGGAGAAGAGCUGGCCUAGUCAGAUAUAGAAUCUUCCCAGUCUGCUCAAGGCAUUACCAAUCAAAUAGCCUCCGUCUGACACAUCAGAUUUGUAGAGUAAAAUAAAAGAAGGGCACGUUCAUUCUCUUCUUUUCCCCCCAGUGAAGAAAAGGAAAAGUUUCUUCUUAAGUUUGUGGUUCUAAUUCUCAACAGUUAUGGUGUUUGGGGGUGGGGAGGUGGGGGUAGGGUUCUCUCAAAAGAAAAAUGGGAUAAAUGAAAGGUUUUGUAGGUCCCUUAAAAGAAAUGCAGAGGGGCACCUGGGUGGCUCAGUCGUUAAGCGUCUGCCUUCAGCUCAGGUCACGAUCCCGGGGUCCUGGGAUCGAGUCCUGCAUCGGGCUCCUUGCUCGGGGCGGUGGGGUGGGGGGAAGCCUGCUUCUCCCUCUGCCUGCCACUCUCUCUACUUGUUAUCUCUCCCUGACAAAUAAAUUUUUUUAAAAGUCUUUUCAAAAAAUAAAAAGAAAUAAAAAAUAAAAGAAAUGCAUAAUUG